CUUUAAGUUUCUGUCUUUGACUCAGUCUGCUGUCACUUGGAGUGUUUCCUUCCUGUUCAAAGUUUACUUUCACUUCCUGAACUUGGUGUUUGUCUCUGACUGAUGGUGAUUGUCUCCGUGUGAAGCUCCGUGUUGAGGUGAAGGUAGAAAGUGUGUGUGAGCUGAUGUGAAUUGAGCAGCAUGGAUCAGUGUGAGGACAGAGAGGAGGGAGUCCCUCCAUCUAAAAGCACUCUGUGUGGGGAACAUGAGAGCCAGACCAAAGCUCAGAGGAACCCACCUGGACCUCCACCCAGCUGUGUGUCCUUAAAGAGUGAUGCAUCCAAUGAUCGCUACAUUCAUUUUAAAGUCCAGCCUCUGUCUGCUGCAGAGAGACAGUGCAUCUGCUCAUACUGGGACCAGUCUGCUUCAUCAGGAGACUCCUCCUGUCCCCAGUGUGGAGAAAGAUCCAGAAGCAGAGCUGGACUGCAGACAGCCAGUCAGAGCAGCUGUGUACAAAAUGUUGGUCUGCAGGAGGUUUUAGAUGCACAUAAGAUCAGUCUGAGGAGGAGAUGUGAACAUGUGACUGAAGGAAGUGAUGAAACAGGAAGUAGAAGCCUCCUCAACAGGAUCUACACUGAGCUCUACAUCACAGAGAGACAGAGUGAAGAGGUUUAUACCCAACAUGAGGUGAGGCAACUGGAGACAGCUUCCAAGAUGGACACCCUCCAUGACACUCCAAUCAGGUGCCAGGACAUCUUUAAAGCCUUACCUGACCAACAGAGACCCAUCAGAGUGGUUCUGACCAACGGCGUCGCUGGUGUUGGAAAAACCUUCUCAGUGCAGAAGUUCACUCUGGACUGGGCAGAGGGCUUGGAGAACCAACAUGUCAGUGCGGUGGUUCUGCUUUCAUUCAGGGAGCUGAAUCUGAUCAGAGAUGAGCAGUACAGUCUCCUGGAGCUGCUCCAUGUUUUCCAUCCAACAUUACAGAGCGUCACAGCAGAGAAGCUCGCUGUCUCUCAGCUUUUGUUCAUCUUUGACGGCCUGGAUGAAAGCAGACUUUCAUUGGAUUUCACCAACAGGAAGCUGUUGUCUGAUGUCACACAGAAGUCAUCAGUCAGCCAGCUGCUGACAAACCUCAUCCAGGGGAAUCUGCUUCCCUUGGCUCUCGUCUGGAUAACUUCCCGACCUGCAGCAGCCAAUCAGAUCCCUCCUACAUGUGUUGACAGGGUAACAGAAGUACGAGGCUUCACUGACGCCCAGAAGGAGGAGUACUUCAGGAGGAGAUUCAGUGAGGAAGAGCUGUCCAGCAGAAUCAUCUCCCACAUGAAGACAUCCAGGAGCCUCCACAUCAUGUGUAGUAUCCCAGUCUUCUGCUGGAUCACUGCUAUAGUUCUGGAGCAAAUGUUGACUACAGAGCAGAGAGGAGAGCUGCCCAAGACCCUGACUGACAUGUACUCACACUUCCUGCUGGUUCAGACAAAGAGGAAGAAGAACAAGUACCAUGAGGGACAUGAGACGAGUCCACAGGAGCUGACGGAGGCUAACAGGGAAGUUCUUCUGAAGUUGGGGAGGCUGGCAUUUGGACAUCUGGAGAAAGGAAACAUCAUGUUCUACCAAGAAGACCUGGAGCAGUGUGGUCUGGAUGUCACAGAGGCUUCGGUGUACUCAGGAGUUUGUACAGAGAUCUUCAAAAGAGAGUGUGUGAUUUUCCAGAAACCAGUCUACUGCUUUGUUCAUCUGAGCAUUCAGGAGUUUCUGGCUGCAGCCUACAUGUUCCACUGUCACACCAACAGGAAGGCUGAGGUGCUGAAGGGCUUCCUGAGGAGAGACUGGAAGGAGUCAUCUCUGGAUGGUUUCCUGAAAAGAGUCAUGAAAAAAUCCCUCCAGAAUAAAAGUGGCCACCUGGACCUGUAUAUUGGCUUCCUUCAUGGCCUCUGUCUGGAGUCCAACCAGAGACUCUUAGGAGGUCUGCUGGGUCAGACAGAGAUCAGUCCAGAAACCAUCCAGAGAGUCACCAAGAACCUGAAGAAGAUGAACAGUGAUAAAAUCUCUCCUGACAGAAGUAUCAACAUCUUCCACUGUCUGAUGGAGAUGAACGACCUCUCAUUAUUUCAGGAGAUCCAAGAGUUCCUGAAGUCAAAGAACAGAUCAGAGAAGGAACUCUCUGAGAUCCAUUGCUCAGCUCUGGCCUUCAUGCUGCAGAUGUCAGAAGAGGUUCUGGAUGAGUUGUACCUGCAGAAGUACAACACAUCAGAGCAGGGACGACAGAGACUGAUUCCAGCUGUGAGGAACUGCAGAAAGGCUUUACUGACUGAGUGUGGACUCUCAGUGACUCACUGUGAAGUUGUGGCCUCAGCUCUGAAGUCCAACCCCUCCCAUCUGACAGAACUGGACAUGAGUGGAAACAAGCUGCAGGAUUCAGCAGUGAAGCUUCUGUGUGCUGGACUGGGGAGUCCAAACUGUCAACUGGAGACUUUGAGAUUGGUGAACUGUGGUUUGACAAAGAUCAGCUGUGAUUAUCUGGCAGCAGCGCUGAAGUCCAACCCCUUGUGUUUGAGAGAGCUGAACCUGAGUAAUGACUUCUUGUUCUUAACCAAGAACAACAACAAGCUGCAGGAUUCAGGAGUGAAGCAUCUGUGUGGUUUCCUGGAGAGUCCAGGAUGUAAACUUGAAACUCUGUUAUUGAUCGACUGUGGUUUGUCAAAGAUCAGCUGUGAUUAUCUGGCAGCAGCACUGAAGUCCAACUCCUCCCAUCUGAGAGAGCUGGACCUGAAAUACAACAACCUGAAGGAUCCAGAUGUGAAGCAGCUGUCUGGUCUUAAGGAGAGUCCAGUGUACAGACUGGAGUCUCUGAGGUGGAGCUGAUGAUGGUAAACAGGACGGUGUGUGUGCUGAGAGAGGAGGAGCUGUGUCCUGAUGAUCCAGAGAGGUUGAAGCAGCAGCAGCUUGUGUGUAGAGACACUCUGACUGGGCCAUGUUACUGGGAGGUGGAGAGGAGAGCUUCAUCCAGCAGUGACUGACAGAGGAAUGAAGUGCAGAUGACUGUCAGUGCUGCAGAGUGAACUGCUCUGAGAACAGCUCCACUGUCAGACACAAUGUAGAGUCCAGCAUCAUCCCUGUGUGUCCCUCUGGAUCUGACAGAGGAUCUCAGUGUAUCUGGACGGCUCUGCUGCUGCUCUGUCCUUCUACAGUCUCUGCACAGUCUCUGUCUGACUCUGGCUUCAGACCCUCCUGGAUCAAACUCACCUGGAAAGACUUUCAAACACCUUUGAAUAAUAAACAUCAUGUUUUCAUAAAAUCAUAAUCAUGUUUUCAUGUAUGUGAGCAGUUUGAGCUUCAGUGGAUAAA